AUGGCUUCCAGUAUUCGGAUUGUUGCCUUUCUCCUUUCUGUAUUUUCUCUAGGAGGUCAAGGAGCUCGACAAAAUAAUUCUACCCAACUAAUAAGCCCAGGCUCUUCACUUUCUCCCAUAAGUAGCCCAAGCUCAUGGCUUUCUCCUUCUGGCCAUUUUGCAUUUGGGUUUUAUAAAAAAGGAGCAGGAUUUGCAAUCGGAAUUUGGCUGGUGGGAACAGACAAGCAAACAAUUGUCUGGACAGAAAAUCGCGACGAUCUCCCAGUCACCUCAAAUGCAAUUCUGCGGUUAACAAGUGACGGCAAGCUUGUUCUAAGUGAUAGAGAACGACAAAAGAACCUCAUCGUCACUACAGGUACUAAUUCACCAACGGACUCUGCAGCUUCCUCUGCCUCCAUGCUCGACUCUGGAAAUUUUGUUCUGUAUAACGGAAGACGCGAUGUCAUCUGGGAGAGCUUUAAUCAUCCUACUGAUACGAUCCUUGGAGGUCAGAUUCUGCCUGUUGGGGGUUCACUCAUCUCCAGUCUUUCGGAAAAUGACCACUCAACAGGACGGUUCCACCUCAACAUGCAGGCUGAUGGAAACCUGGUUCUAUACUCGGCAAACAGCGAAAACUCGCCUGCAGAUGCCUAUUGGAGCUCUGGAACCUAUCUCCAACGUCAGCUUCAACUUUAUCUUAACGCUACAGGUCGUCUAGUUCUCAUCAACAGCACUAGUGGGGAAGAAUCCUAUGUUUUAGAUUAUGAUGAAUCGUCCAAAACCAACUACAAAAACGGUACCAUAUAUCGUGCGACUCUUGACGUGGAUGGAAAUUUUCGGUUGUAUUCUCAUGAAUCUGAUCUGAGUACUGGAAAAUUCCAGCCAUCCCGUAUUCUGUGGCAAGCACUGGAUGAUCCUUGCGAUGUUAAAGGCUUCUGUGGCCUUAACAGCUACUGCACAUUUUAUGACAAUCAACCAAACUGUCUUUGCCUUCCUGGAACAGAUUACGCUGACUCCGACCGAAGGAUCGUCGGUUGCUUGAGAAACUAUACUAAAGUAAAGUGUAAUGAUGGGAAAGAAAAUACAUCAAGUUAUCACAUGAUCACCAUGGAGAAUAUGGUAGUGGAAGAUAUAGUUUACUAUGAAGCACUAAUGCCGACCGUGAAAGAAUGCAGCAGGUCUUGUCUGGAAGACUGCAACUGCGGGGCAGCUGUGUUCUACAGUGGGAGUAAUGUUUGUGCCAAACAAAACUUACCACUCAGAUAUGUCCGAAGGGAUCCCAAGGAGUCCAGCACAGCUGUCUUCAAGAUCGGCAACAUAAUAAGUGGUUCCAUUGGCAACAACCACAACAAUACUAAUCCAGCCAUCCCGCUGAAUCCAAAUACCACGGUCGUUACUACCACAGACAAGAAGUUGAUAAAGCAAAUUAUUGUUUUAACUUUAGCUCUCAUCCUAUUCUCCUGUGCGGCCCUUGCAGUUUCUGGAUUUUACAUUUCCAAAAUCCGAUUUCUGCGGUACAAAAGGCUGACGGAGAUUAAUGGUGAUUUGGGGUUGGCUGAUGAGGAACUUACUUUGAGAGCUUUUUCAUACAAUGAGCUGAGAAGAGCGACCAAUGGGUUCAAAGAAGAAUUGGGAAAGGGCUCGUUUGGAGCAGUUUACAAAGGGGCUUUAAACAAAGGAAAAAAAAUCAUUGCAGUGAAAAGAUUAGAGAAGCUGGUCGAAGAAGGUGAGAGGGAGUUUCGUGCGGAGAUGCAAGCAAUCGGAAGAACUCACCACAAGAACUUAGUUCGAUUGCUUGGUUACUCUGCCGAGGACUCAAAAAGACUCCUCGUGUAUGAAUAUAUGAGCAAUGGCUCCCUUGCAGAUCUCCUUUUCAGGAAUGAAUGGAAACCUACUUGGAGUGAAAGAGUAACAAUUGCACUCGAUGUCGCAAGAGGUCUCCUCUAUCUACAUGAAGAGUGUAAGGCCCCUAUCAUCCAUUGCGACAUAAAGCCUCAAAACAUUCUGAUGGAUGAAUUCUGGAAUGCUAAAAUCUCUGACUUUGGACUUGCAAAAUUGUUGAUGCCGGAUCAAACGAGGACUUUCACAGGGGUCAGAGGCACAAGAGGGUACUUGGCACCAGAAUGGCAAAAGAACACUCCAAUCUCAGUGAAGGCAGAUGUUUAUAGUUACGGAAUAGUGCUUCUCGAAAUUGUAUGUUGCAGGCGGAACAUGGACGUCAAUGUUAGAGCAGAGGAGAUAAUUCUAUCUACUUGGGUCUACAAGUGCUUUGUUGGUAGAGAGCUGCAUAAGCUCGUGGGUGGUCAAGAGGUCGAUAAAAAGACUUUGGAGAACAUGGUUAAGGUGGGACUAUGGUGUAUACAAGAUGAACCAGCUCUGCGUCCUUCAAUGAAGUCUGUUGUGUUGAUGUUACAAGGUAUUACUGAUAUAGCUAUUCCUCCAUGUCCAACUGCUACCUCCAUGUAACUAUUAGCCUGUGAGGAAAUGCCUUUCUUCUUAUAU